AAUUUGUUUAUGUAUAUGCAGACUGGUCAGCAAGGAACGACCGGUCAGCAACCCCCUACAGCAGAUCCUGAGAAGCGAAAGCUCAUUCAGCAGCAGCUGGUUUUACUACUUCAUGCACAUAAAUGCCAAAGACGAGAACAAACCAAUGGUGAAAUUGCUUCAUGUACACUUCCUCAUUGUAAAACAAUGAAGAGUGUUCUUAAUCACAUGACGACUUGCAAUGCUGGAAAAUCUUGUCUUGUUGCUCAUUGUGCAUCCUCUCGUCAAAUUAUAACACAUUGGAAGAAUUGUACUCGAGGUGACUGCCCUGUCUGCUUACCUCUGAAGCAUGUUUCUGAUAAAAGAGCCCCAGGAGUUGUACAAACAGCUUCAACAGUUCCUGUUAGCACCCAGUCCCCUGGUGCUAGAGAUAUGCAGAGGGCUUACGAUGCUCUGGGUUUGCCAUAUAAGCAAGGCGCUGGCAGCAAUGCUGUUCCUCCUAUUCGGCCAUCAAUUUCAACUCCUCAAGGCCAAGUUCAGAAUCCACCUGGGAUGAUGUCUGCACAAUUAAAUCCCAACAGCCAAAAUGCCCCCAGGCAAGACAUGUUACAAAGAACACAACCUCCUGUUUCCUUCACUGGUGUCCCAAGUGGAGUAGCAGCUAGUAGUGGUGGUGUACAAGCUUUGAGUCAAACAAACAGAGGAUCUAAGAAAUGGCAUCACUGUGUCACCCAAGAUUUACGAAAUCACCUUGUUCAUAGAUUAGUCCAUGCAAUAUUUCCAACUCCUGAUCCUGCAGCUUACAAAGAUAGAAGGAUGAAAAAUCUAGUCGAUUAUGCGAAAAAAGUCGAAGGUGAUAUGUAUGAAACUGCCAAUGACAGAGAGGAAUAUUAUCAUUUAUUAGCUGAGAAAAUUUAUAAAAUACAGAAAGAACUUGAAGAAAAAAGAAUGAAGAGACAGUUAGCGAUACAGCCUGGUCAGGCUAAUCAACCUAAUAUGCCAAUGCGACCAACAGGUCAACCAAAUGGGCCUCUACUAAAUUCUGGUCAGCGGUUGCCUGGAGCACAGCUUAGUAAUACUGAUCCGUAUGGGAUUUCUCCUGGAACUCCUAUGCAGAGACUAUCGAUGCCUCCGUUACCACCUCGUACUACACCUCCUCCUACUUCAGUGAAUGUGCGACCUAGAGUGGAUAUAGUGCCAACUCCAUUUGUUCCAAAUGUGAACCGAAGCACUGGGCCUACGAGUACUAAUCCUACGCCAUCUCCACCUUUGUCAUCAGUGUCUCCAAUUGCUUCAAGUCCUUCAUAUCCGGUAAUUUUUUAAAAUAUCUUUUUUUUUACUAUGUGUGGAUUUGAAA